AAAAAAAAAGAUCCAAUCAUCUCAAAUUGGCAAGUCUCUGGGGAAAUUUUAAAGCAAAUCUAAUCAAAGCUGUCAAUUUAUAAGCCAAAUACUUAUCAAUACACACAGAAUGUCCCAAACAUUUGAUUCGGAUGACGAUUGUGAAAUUGUCAAUGGGUUUGGUUCGGCUUUAUUAGAAAGAAAUCCUUCAAAUUCUGGUAAAAGAACCAAAAAAAGAUGGUCAUUUCAUAAUAAUUCAAAACCAAACUUAGUUAAUUUACCCCUGGAAGCUUCAAGAACAAGACGGUUAAGUGAUAUAACUGGCACCGACGGGGUCCACAAAGAAAUUGAUCCGUAUCAUAUUAGUCCAGCACAACUUUAUCUGACAGAAUCAGGAAGAUUAUUUCAUGCUGGGAAAAUUUGUAUCUGUUUAGCCGGAUUACCAGGUAGAGGUAAAACCCACUUAUCGGUUAGUUUAACCCGUUAUUUAAGAUGGUUAGGAGUUAAAACCCAUUCAUUCCAUUUGGGUGAUUAUCGUCGAGCAAGAUCAAGUGAUUUGGAUUUAACCCACGAAUUAUUCACACCUCAAUCCAAUGAUUUUAGAACUAAAAUUGUUGAUGAAUGUUUAAAUGAUAUCUUAAAUUUUUUCAAAAAUGAUAAGGGACAAGUUGCUAUUUAUGAUGCUGUUAAUGCAUUACCUGAAUAUAGAUUAGAUUUACAUAAAAAAUUUAAUGAUUUGAAUAUUCAAACUCUAUUUAUUGAAUCUUUAGUUACUGAUGAUUCAAUUAUUUUGAAAAAUAUGGAAGAAGCAGCAAAAUCUUCUCCUGAUUAUUUAAAUUGGGAUUAUGAAUCUGCUUAUAAAGAUUACCAAGAACGUAUUAGUUUUUUGACUCCUUAUUAUACUGAAAUGAAUCAAACUGAUAAUAAUAAUAAAUUAUCUUAUAUUAAAUUUAUUAAUUUUGGUGAAAGAAUCGAAUUGAAUAAUUCAAAUUAUGGUUACCUUAUUAAUAAAGUUGUUUUCUUUUUAAUGAAUUCAAGAAUUAAACUGGGAUCAGUAUUUUUCGCUCGUUGUUAUAAAAAUGAUUUAGAAUAUGGUCAGGAUCCUCCUUUAGAUGAAGAUGGAAUUAAUUAUGCUAAAAACUUAACAAACUCUUUAAAAAAUUAUUUAAAUUCUCAAGGUAAAGAUUAUUUUGAUCCAGAAAAAGUGAAGGCAAGAAGUCUAAGUGUUAGACCUCAAAAUAAAAGACAAUUGACAAUUGAUGAUAAACAUCCAACGGCUGGCGUAGAUGGCGUUGAUGAAGAUUCUUUUGUUGUUUGGACUUCGGUUAAAAAGAGAACCGUUGAAACUACUCAAUUUUUAGCUAAUCAAAAUAUUAAUAUUAGACACCGUAUUCAGUUACUGCAAAAAAAUCCCGGUAUAGUUGGUCAAAUGACUGAUGAUGAAAUAAAAGAAAAAUAUCCAACCGAAUUUGAACAGUUUUUAAAAGAUCCUUACCAUCAUCGAUUCUCUAGAGCUGAACUGUACCACGAUUUAGCCAUCAAAAUUGAACCCUUGAUUCUAGAAAUGGAACGAAUGAGUGGGGAUAUCCUAAUCAUUGCCGAUGAUACUGUUUUAAAAGUUUUCUAUGGCUAUUUAAUGGCUUGUUCUUGCUAUGAUAUUCCUCUGUUACUGUUUUCAACCGAUGAAAUCAUCGAAAUUAAAUUCAACGCCUACUCCAAUUCGGCUAAAAGAAUCCCAAUAAUCAAGCAAGAAUAACCUCUUCUCUAAUUUUACUCCCGCUUCUAUAUAUUGAUUCUAG